UAUAUAUAUAUCUAUAUCUAUAUAUCAUCAUCAUCAUAAUCAUACAUCUUUAAUAUAUCAUUAUAUCAAAGAAAUAGGCACCCACCAACAUCCCCAUAAAUACACAAACAUAGUUUCCUUUCUCUUUUCAUAUAGAUCAUAGAAUCGAGAAAGAAUCACAAAUGGUAUUAGUUGGGAGGAAGAACAAGAGUGGAGGAGAAGAGGGAAUGCAGUUGCAAUUGGGGAAAUACGAGAUCGGAAGGACUCUUGGUGAAGGCAAUUUCGGCAAAGUUAAAUACGCUAAAGACAUCCAAACUGGACACCCUUUUGCCGUCAAGAUCCUUGAGAAAACCCGUAUCAAGAAUCUCAACUUCUCAGAUCAGAUAAAGAGGGAAAUUGGCACAUUGAAGAUCCUCAAACAUCCCAACGUCGUCAGGUUACACGAGGUUUUGGCAAGCAAAACCAAGAUUUAUAUGAUUCUUGAAUACGUCAACGGAGGUGAAUUAUUCGAAGCAAUUGCAUCCAAAGGUAAACUAAAAGAGUCAGAUGGCAGGAAGUUGUUCCAGCAGUUGAUCGAUGGGGUCAGUUAUUGUCACGACAAAGGCGUUUAUCAUCGUGACCUUAAGCUAGAGAAUGUUCUUGUAGAUGCUAAAGGAAACAUCAAGAUUUCGGAUUUUGGCCUUAGUGCGCUGCCACAGCAUUUCAGGGAUGAUGGGCUAUUGCAUACAACCUGUGGGAGUCCCAACUAUGUUGCUCCUGAGAUUCUCUCUAACAGAGGGUACGACGGUGCGACAUCAGAUACUUGGUCUUGUGGUGUCAUCUUAUACGUAAUCCUUACGGGUUAUCUACCAUUUGAUGAUAGAAAUCUUGCAGUUCUUUAUCAGAAGAUUUUCAAAGGAGAUGUGCAGAUGCCCAAAUGGUUGCCUCCAGGAGCAAAGACUUUGAUAAAGAGAAUUCUUGAUCCUAACCCUAAAACAAGGAUAACGAUUGCAGAGAUCAAAGCAAACGAAUGGUUCAAACAGGAUUAUACUCCUGCAAUUGUUGAGGAAGAGGAGGAAGAUGUGCUCAUUGAUGAUGAAGUUUUAUCGUUACAUGAGGCUCCAACGGAUUCCGAAAAAGAAACAGAAUCACCUACUCAUAUUAACGCUUUUGAACUCAUUGGAAUGUCUUCGUGCUUGGAUCUCUCUGGGUUCUUUGAGAAAGAGGACGUAUCGGAGAGAAAAGUGAGAUUCACAUCCACCCGUUCCCCGAGAAAUUUGCUAGAAAGAAUAGAGAAUACAGUAUCAGAGAUGGGAUUUGGAGUUCAAAAGAGAAACGGAAAGUUGAAGGUGUUGGAAGAUCAGAAAGGGCAGAGAAAGUCUUGUAAUCUAUCAGUGACAGCAGAAGUGUUUGAAAUAAACCCGUGUUUGUACGUGGUGGAAUUAAGAAAAACGAGCGGGGAGAGUAGUGUAUAUAGACAGCUGUGCGACAAGGUGUUGAAGGAUUUAGGGGUGUCAACAAGUCAAGAGCAUCUGGCAGCAAAGCUGUUAGAAGCAUCAUCAUAGAUAUAUAUAUAUAUAUAUACAUAUAUAUAUAUAUGUAUAUCAUCAUGUAUAGGAAAGAUUGGUGGUAAUGGUUGGUUGGUUGGUUGUUGAUAUGAUUAUUGGAUUCAAUGUCAGUAGAGAAACCCAACCUCCCAUGAAUGAAGGAAGGAAGAAAUGCAUAAAUAAUAUGAUACAAGUAGAGUAGACAAAUCUUUGUUCUUUAAUUUCUAAUAAACAUAUGCAAAUAGCAUGUGCAAAUUCAUGUACAUUUAUUCAAAAUUCAAAAUGGACAUUUGAGUUCCACUUUUGGAAA